UUGUAAACAAAAAUGUUCAAGUUGGAUUUUUUUAAUUUAAAUUUUGUACUUUUAAAUUAAAAUAAGUUCAUCUUUUACAAAAAGAAUAAAAGAUAAUCUGUAAAGAUGGGGUCAGAUGAAGAUUAUCUCAUUUCCCAAGUCUUAAAUUGUAUGAAGUCAGAUGUAGCUGCAGCGAAGUCAUGGAUGAUCUUCUCCAAAUCAGCAUUUCCUCAGAGCUUCUCUGUUUUGUUUCAAGGCUACAAAAUGGAAUGCAAUGAGCAGAAUUUAAUAGAAAGUGCUCUAUGUCUGUGUGAUCUAAUUAAGAAAUUUCCAAAUGAACCUAUCCUUAUCAACGAACUGAAAAAUGUUGCCAGAGUUCUUAGCACUGAUAGUGAUGACUUCUUGAAAAAGAUAUUUGAACAACUUCCUGAGGAUAUUAAGUAUGAAGUUAUGCUUAUUGUGACACAGAAUGCUCAAACAGUUGAAGAACAUUGUGAAUUGACACUCUUGUUUUUGAAAAGAAUGCCUAAUGCAAGAUUACUACAACAUGGUAGUAAUAUUAUUGAUACAUUGUUGACUGCUGAAGAUAGACCGGGCACACCUGUCCCAAUAAACUUAUUCAGAAAAAUGCUAGUGUGUGAUGCUUUGCCCCUAAUUUUGCGUGUGUCUCAGUUUGAUUAUAAGUUUAAAAUUGUCUUUCAACUUUUGCAAAAAGCUAUUGAAUUUUACGUCUGCUGCAUGUUUACUCCAGUAACUGCCCAGGAAGGAUCUAUCAGGAAAGAUGUAAUUGCACAAUCAGAUGUUAAUCCUGAUGAAGGUUGGAAACCUCUAUUAGGCUUAUUGGAGAUGGUUGCCCUGAGAUAUCGCUGGAGCUAUCCAGAAAUGUUUGUUACCAAUUUUAGCGACACUAGCUUACAGCAGUUGCUUUCCUUAUUAAAGAGAAAAAAUAAAACACUUUCUAGUUUAACUAGUGAAAAACAUAGAAGAGAAGAAAUGUCUGGUUAUGAAGAAGCUUACUUUUGCUUAAUUGUAACUUUUUUCUACUACCUUCACAGUUUUGGAAGACUUAUGUUUCCAAAAUCAUUCCCGAAUUCUAAUGCUGGAACAUCAAAUUAUAUCCUUAUGGAAGGCAUUACUUUUUCGCAAGAAGAAUGUUCCAAAACAGUUAGCAGUGAAUAUAAAAAAACAGAGAGAGGAUAUGUAGUGGUAAGUAAAUAUGCUACGGCAGAAGCAACUAACAUGCUUGUACCAUCCUUUGUAACCACUGUGGAAUGCUGGGAACUGUUGCAUCGACACCAGCAUUUGUUGAAAGAGUUUAAGUGUUUAUGUAAAAAUAUUCAGUUAGAAACCUGGCCUGUGUAUCAAGAAUUUUAUAUGGAUAUGCUCAUAUAUGAAAGAGGGCAUAGAGAUGCUGUAGAUCAUUUAACUAGGUUAAGAGAUAGUGCUGCUGAUCAUGUGCAUAAGAAUAAAAUUGUUUUACAACUAGCUAGUUGCUACCAUUUCGUUAAUGACUAUAAGCGAUGUCUGAAAAUACUGUUUGAAGUUAUCAUGAAUUUACCUACAACUAGCUCUAAUUUGUCUAAACCUCCCCUUAGUAAGUGCCCGGCUAGGUUUACAUACUUUAUGGGCUACAAUAAUCGUGAGAUAAUUCAGUAUUGUGCAUCUAUGUUAUUGAAACAAUACAAAUAUAAAGAGAUAACUGAUGAAAAUUAUAAAGAUAUGUCUUUAGGCUACAUGUUAGUUUUAAUGCAAUAUGACAUGGAACACGAAUAUGAAAUGUUGCAUAAAAUCAUUGAUAUCAUAAAACAAGCGAAGAGCUUCUGCUUUCCAAAAUUUUUUAAUUACAUUAUAAAUGUGGAUAUUUUAGAAGAGAUAGCAUACUUAGCCACUACAAAUGGUGGAAAUGUUAAUUUAGAAAUUCUGUCUACACCUACAUUUCAAGCUAGUAAACAACGAGCUGUUACACGUGGAAUUAAUAAAGGGGCAAAAGAUGAUUUAAAACAAGCAUUUGUAAAUCAAAUGUCUAGAUGUUAUGAUAACAUUGACAAUUUGUUUAUAGAUUUUAUUAAAGAGGAACAUAGUUUAUUGUUAAGACCCUUAGGGGAUGCAUAAAAAUCUCCACUUUCAUGAAGAAGAAAAAAAAAGUGCAUUAUCAUAGUUAAAAUUGUAAUGCAAACAUUAUAAGGUGUUUUCAUGUACAGUGCCCCCCCCUCCCCUUAAAAAAACAGACCACCCUGUAUAGCUUCUUAUCUAAUGGUCGGAUCUUCAAAUUCUAAGACUCAAUCUUAAUGGCUCAAGGGGAUGACCUCAAAUAUGCUAAUUAAUAAGUGUAGACAAUUUUUAAAGUUAAGAAAUCAGACACAAAAAUUUACUUUUUUAGAAUGAACAUACCGUUUUUGGCGGAUUCGGAUUUCUGACAUUCAAAAUAUUGAAGGUAGUCACAGUCUAGCAAUAAGGUCAUAAUAUUUUGGUCAGGAAUGUGCCCCGAAAAUUGAACACCUUAAUUUUAAUUUUACUUUUUGCAUAUUUCGUUAUAUCUGGAGAACUUUUUGCGCACAAUUAAUAAAAUCCCUUGCAGAAAAUAACUUUCAGUAAAUAUUUAUUAUUUUAUUUAAUAAUG